UACGCACAGACUCUAACGAGGAUACUCGAACAUAAACGAUACUCCAACCCCAGUAAUAACAUAGGGAUGGAGUUUGGAAUUUCAAUUAAACUUAUCACUCAGUGAGACAAAUUGUAAAAUAGUGAGAGUUAGUGAGAGCCUAACUAUUUUAUGCUGCUUUAACUCUGAAAGUUUUCGUUUGGGUGAUUUCGACUCCGAGGCGGUUCGCGGGACAUAGAGAAGCAACUGGGAGGAUAAGGACCCAGCUGUAAUUAAAUUUCAGUUUUCAAACAACUGGAGGAACUGUGACCAGGACACUAACAAAAGCAAAUUUUGUGUAAAAGAAGUGCAGGGAUAUUUGCAGUACCAGGACCUCUGCUUACAAAGGUAGUAGCGCUGCAGUAAUGGAAGAGUCCUCGCAAGACUAUGACAAUUACACCUACGAUUAUCUGGAGUAUGGAGACUUGGAAGAAGAAAAGGUCAAAGGUGGAUACUCUCAGAAGGAGGCUAUGCACAUCAUAUCAGUUAUCAUAUAUAGUAUUUCCUUCGUGCUCGGUGUCACUGGAAAUGGAAUAGUCAUAUGGGUGACGGCAUUUAAAAGCAAACGGACAGUGAACAGUAUAUGGUUGCUGAACAUGGCUAUCGCAGACUUUGUGUUUGUGCUCUUUUUGCCCUUCUCCAUCGACUACGUUCUUCGAGACUUCCACUGGUCCUUUGGGCUGGUCAUGUGUAAACUCAACUCGUUUGUGUCUGUGAUGAACAUGUACGCCAGUGUGCUCUUCCUCAUGAUUCUCAGUCUAGACAGGUAUGUCUCAUUGGUCCACCUUAGCUGGUCUCAGAGGAGUCGCACUAUACGGCGAGCCUGGAUCGUAUGUGGCUGUGUGUGGGGGGUGUCUGCUCUACUGAGCCACCCUACUCUGAUAUUCCGUGACACUAUGCACAUACAUGGCAGGGUGGUGUGCUUCAACAACUUCAAUGUCCAGGAUGGACAUACAGCUGCUAUGAUACAUAUCACGCUGGUGGCCGUUCGUACAGCAGUGGGCUUCUUACUGCCCUUCAGUGCCAUCUGUGUGACUGGAAUUCUCCUGGCAAUCAAAGUCCACCAGUCUGAAGAUUCUGUGCGCCUAUCCAGCUUCUCUAAAACAGUUUCCGCUGUCAUUCUGGCCUUCUUUUUUUGCUGGGCACCGUUCCAUACCUUUAGUUUAAUGGAGCUUUCCAUGCACUCUUCAAUGUUUCUACAUACUGUUCUGAAGACAGGCUUUCCUCUUGCUACUAGCUUAGCCUUUUUCAACAGCUGUGUCAACCCUCUCCUCUACAUGUUGGUGGGCAAGAAGGUUCGCCAGCUCCUGAAGCGCUCGUGUCUGGACAUCACAAAGAGUUAUCUGCGGGAGCUCAGCCAGUCCAUCUCUGCAACUGAAUCGGUGACUGUAGCAGACAUCAGUCCUUCAGACAUCCCUCCACCAGAGGAGCCCACAGAAUCAUCAACUGUAUGAUUAUAAUGCAGUACUUCCUAAACCCACAGUUACCUGUAAAGCAGAAAUCAACAAGAACUGCUAUUUUACCUUUGAGAGCCAGCCUGACCAUUAUUUUACCAGAUGUGACUUAUUUUAUAUUCUACUUCAGUGUAACAUUUCUGCUAGUUGUUUCAGUUGGAUAUUUCCAAGCAGCAAUUACUCAGAGUGCCAACUUCUGUUGACUGUAAAUUGCCCUCAGUGGAAAACCUGAGUAAAGUCGUGCACUAAAAGUAUAACUUGCACAGGGAAAAAGAGGUAACUUUAAUGAUUUGAAAGAAUAAUCUGAUCCUAAUUACCCCAAAAACAAACAGGAAAGGGGGCCAACCAUCCCCACAGCCUCUGGAACAGGAAUUAUUAGAAGCAGAUCUACCAUUUUCAUAAACACUUUGUAUUUAGAUUUCGAUCUUUAAACAAAUCCAAGUUUAACCCUGAUGGAAAUGUGCAAAUCUCAGUAGGCCUCUUUCCCUUAGGAAUAUAUUACAUUGAAAAGGUAUGUUUUCCUUUCUAAGCUAAUUUCCUGUUAUAGUGUUCUCUGUUAUUAUACACUAUAAAAAAUGCUGGGUUAAAAACAAAACAAACAUUUGGGUAAAUAUUGGACAGAACACAUGUUGGGUUAUUUUGACCCAGCCAGUUGGGUCACAAACAACCCAUUGUUUUCUUUAAAAGAGAAAGGUUGGGUUGUUGAUGCUCGGUUAUUGAGCUAUGAUCCACCGGGUCAGACCAGAAGACUGGAGGCUUGACUUAGUAGGGGUGUGGUUUUUAGAUAGUUAUUUUUGGCCACAUGUGAGUGCAAAUGUCAUUCCGGUUAAUCUGUUCUGUUUUCUUGUCAUCACCUGUUAAGGUUGAGCACUAACACUUUUCAAAUUAAGUCAAAUUUUAUGAGUCACAUGCACAGAAUACAACAGGUUACCGCGAAAGGCUUACUUACAAGCCCUUAACUGACAGUGCAGU